AUGGAUGGAAGCAGAGCACUGCAGGACGGCCAUGGAGGGGGCCUCCUGGGUGGCGGGGGGCUGCUUGGCGGCCUGCUGGGUGGCGGGGGGCUGCUUGGCGGCCUGCUGGGUGGCGGGGGGCUGCUGGGGGGGCUGCUGGGCAGUGGGGGGCUGCUUGGGGGACUGACGGGUGGCCUGCUGGGUGGAGGAGGCUUGCUGGGUGUCCUUGGGGAUGGAGGCCUGCUCAGCACAGUGCAGGGGCUCACGGGGCUGAGGAUCGUGGAGCUGACUCUGCCCAGGGUGUCCCUACGGCUCCUGCCCGGCAUCGGCCUCCACCUCAACCUUUACACGCGAGUGGCCCUCAAUGGCAGAAGCCUCCUGGGUCUGCUGGACAUUGCUGUGGAAGUGAACAUCACCUCGCAGGUCCGGCUGACCAUGGACGGCAGCGGCUCCCCCAUACUGGUGGUGGAAAAAUGCAACACGCUCCUCGGGGGCAUUAAAGUCAGACUGCUGAGAGGCCUGCUCCCAAUUGUGGAUAAUUUAUUGGCUAGUGUCCUAAACAGGCUUCUGCCUAAUCUGCUCUGCCCAGUACUUGAUGUUGCCCUGGGACUUGUCAAUGAUCAGCUGGGGCUGGUCAACUCACUGGUGCCACUGGUGCCACUGGGCAGUAUCCAGUACACCGUGUCCAGCCUGCCGCUGGUGACCGGCCAGUUCCUCGAGGUAGACCUGAAUACUGUGGUCGGAGGAGUAGCAGGAGGUCUGGUUGACUACCCACUGGGAAGACCAGAAAGUGUCCCCAUACCUCCACGGGUCCCCAUGCCGCCUCUGCCACCGAUGCCGGACACCAGCUCCUCCCAGCUGGGCCUAUCUGUGAACUUCCUCAGUUCAGUGCUGGCUGCCCUGCAGAAGGAAGGAGCCCUGGAUCUGGACGUCUCCAAUGCUGCGUUUCCUGAGCUUCCACCACUGACAACAUCGACUCUUGGAGCCCUGGUUCCUGUGGUUCUUAAGGCGUACCCUGAGCUGUGCGAGUUGCUGCUGAAAAUCACAGUUCCCAAAGCACCUGUGGUGACCUUAAAGAAAGAUAAAGCUGCCAUCCAGCUCAAGGCUACGGCAGAGGUGGUGGCCAUCCACUCAGCUGACGUGCAGAAGUUUCUCUGCCUUCUGAAUAUCAAUGCGUCCUUGAUGGCUCAGUUUGCUGUUGAGGCCAACAAACUGAAGAUCAGCACCGGCCUUGAGAAAACUGAGCUCUCCUUGGUGUCUUCAUCCAUUGGAGAUUUUGAUAUCUCACUGCUGGAGACGCUGAUCAACGAGGUCUUCGAUACUGCCUUCCUGCCUGCCCUGAAUGCUGUGCUGGGCCACGGGGUGCCACUCCCACGCCUGCUGAACAUCGACUUCACCAACGCUGACAUCCACAUCAUCGAGGACCUCCUCGUGCUGUCAGCAUGA